CGGCCAUGUUACAGCAGCUGGGACGGUGCAGUGGCUUUUGCUGGUUCCCGCGGCGGCCGGUCAUCUGCCCUGGCUUCCAAGUGGUUUGGACCUAUUAGAAGUUCCCGUAGCCUAAUGCCAUGAAUGUUGCAGCGGACAAUGUGGAAGAAAAAGCCGUCCAUUCCUGGUCAAGGAUCUCCUCUGCAGGACAGAAAGCAUUGGAAGAAGCUCUCCGAGUAUUCAACCCCAUGUCCAAGGACCUUUCUGACACAGAGACCCAGCUGGUAGCCUUUCUUCAGGGUCUGAAGGAGGAAGGCUACCAGCCCACAAUUCUAAGGAGCAAAGAUGUGUAUGGGUACAGCUCAUGCACAGCCAGCACACCCAACCAGAUGAAAGGCAGCCCCCAAGGCUGCUCAAAAAUAGCCGCCCCUCUUUUGGACUCUGUUAAGGCUCCCGCCCGAAGCACAGUAACAAUGGCAAAACUAUCUGCCCCCCUAGCAGGUAUUACAGUAAGUUCUCCUAAGAAUUCUCCACCAUUGUCCAAGAACAGCAGUUCCACAAAUCUCCUGUUGAAUUCAUUGAAACGGACACGCUCGCACACAUCAGAAGCCUCAGCAGUGGGCUUCCCUGCUAACAUGUACCCUGGUGUCUAUCCAGCCAUGAGGCUCUCUGUGGUGCUGGAAGCCUUGGUCCCACUGAAAGCCACAGCAUCUUGCCUGGAGUCCAGAUGCAAGCAAGGGCAUCUUGGGAUCUCUCCCUCAGACCUUAAGCUUCUUAAGGCAGCUAAUGCAUCCAGACAACCUCCAGCAGUCAAGGCCACGAAAACACCACCAGGCCAGCUGGACCCCAAAGGGUAUAGGCACAUAAUAAAGAAAAUGCCAGAUUCCACCGCCCUGACUGUCGCCCUUUUGAAAGGGCCAAAGGGUGGGGUACUGCGGGAAAGCAAUGCUUGUAAAGCCUCUGGAAUCCUGAAUGGCAGGAUUUCCGGAAGCACCUCCCAGAGCUCCAGUGCAGGGGCCUCCAGAACUAAAGAGCCAUCAGUGGGCAAAACGGAACGGAGAGCAGGUGGCGGUCCACAGGAGACUGCUGGGCAGAAAAGGAAAAAAGCUGAGGACAGGAAAGAGUUGCCACACAGAAAGAAACCCGGUUCCAUUCCAUCCUCCAGUAAACCAGAACUGGCUUCGAACACACCUGACCUGCUGAAAUUCCGGGCCAUCAAGGUGGACAGCUGUUCAGACGAUGAACUGAGGAGGAGGGCACAGAAGAUUCUGAGGGUUAAUCUGUCCCCCGUUAUCAGAAUCCAGCCUUUGCCCGGCUCUCACAGUGUGCCCUGAAUCAGCUACAGUGGAGCCGUGUGGUCACAACAUGGGGAUGGUCAGACCACCUUCCCAGCUCUUGAGCUUGGCGAGGAUGUAGUGACACGUGUCUGCAGUCCUGGGGCAGCCGGCCACAGCUUGGCAGUUGGGGGGAAGUUUCUGCAAAGCUGCUGGAUUAUAGCACCGUGUUUAGAAAUGCCCGAGGGAGGUCUCUGAGGCUCUGCUGAGAGAAAUGUGGAGCAGAGCACUGGCUUCCUCCAGAACACACUUCUACAGUGCUUUUGUAAACAUGGCAGAGGGCACGACCGGGAGGCGGCUGCACCAGGAAUACUGCUGUACUGUGAUUUCUUCCCCGCCCCUCCCCCCCCCAAACUGUAAAUUUU